AUGGAGAAGGGCUUCUCGAGUGUUUUGCCAGCAGUGCGAAUUAUUCACUAUUCCUAUCGCCUCGUCGGCAUGUGUCCGUACAAGCUUCCGCCGGACAUCAAUUCCGACCGCCUUCCCUUGUCGCCGCUCGGCCUCAUCAACACUGUCGCCUUCAUUGGGAUCUCGUGCACGGCGGCGUACUUGAAUGUGCACGUGGACAUUUACGAGGAUCUCUCAUCGUCCAAGAUCCUCAACAUCAUCAGCAGAGGCGUGCUGAUGGCAGCUCUGUUCACCACGAUUUUCUACACCUUCACCAGCACUCUCAUGAGACAAUCCAACUGGGCGAUGGUGCGACUUCUGCACGGCAUUGACAAGAGACUCUCGGCAGUUGGUGUGCAAUUCAACUACAAAAGGCAGUUCUUUAUGGCCGCCGGCUUCACGCUCGUGUGGAUUAUCUUUGUGAUUCUCCUCAUCGGCUACCACUGCUUCUACAGCAGCCUGGGCAGGAUGACCAUGCUGAAGAUGUUCAUUCACUUCGUCAGUCACUACUUGGCCGUGUCGGCGUACGCCGUGGUCAUGAGCCACUUCUUCUACAUGCUCGUUGCCAUUUACUCGCGCUUCGCCGCCAUCAACAUCACCUUCCGGCGACACUUCCUGUUCGGCAGCGCCAAGAAGGCGAGUGAUGGCGUCGUGAAGCAGCUGCGAAUCGCCCACGAUGAGCUGAAUGACGUGCUGGACAGAGUCAACUCCUUUCUCUCCAUCAUUGCAAUGACAGGCAUCACGCUGUCCAUCUUCCUGUGGGUCCUGUCCUGCAGCUCGAUGUACAAGAAAAACGUCGACAGCAGCGACAGUCUGCUGAUUUCGCCCAUCGGCUAUGUCUUCUGGAGUUCUUACUUUGCCUUCUUCGUGGUCACAAUCAUCAUCAUUGCCAGCAGGGUCACGAGCGAGGGUCGCCGCACGGCUGUUCUCAUCCACAAGGGGAUGAAUUUGCAUCCGCAACAUCCGGAUUUGCACGAGCUCAAGAUCUUCUCGCUGCAGCUCCAGUGUCGAGAACCUGUUGCCAGCUGUGGCCUCUUCUCCUACGACUACACCCUCCUGUACUCCGUGCUCGGCAGCAUUUCCAUCUACACCACGAUUUUCAUCCAGUUCGACACCUUCAACUUCAAGGCGUAA